AUGUCUGGACAUCUCCCAUCCGAUCACUCGCGUUCCCUCUCGCAAUCCUCUCAGUCUCUCUCUCGACGGCGUUCACAAGGGCCGGAUUCCGACUCAAUGCAUUAUCGCUCUCCUUCCGGUCGCUCUUCCAACCCCAACGUGUUCUCAGACGAAUAUUCGCUCGACCCGAUCGAUUCUGAACGGUCCACGCACACCCCUCGCAGUCCGUCGAUUGCCUCGAUCGCUUCGUCUCAAACCCUUCGCUCCAAUACCGUCCAUCACCAGAAAUCAUAUGGUUCUGUACCUAAUGACUCGCCAGAAGUGACAGAGAACCCGUUUGGCGACGAGGCUCGGGUCUCCUUCGACGAACCGCCUCGUCGAUCGAGCUUACCACAGAAAGGAGUCGAGUACACCGCCGCCCGCAAUUCCACGGCGUCCAGUAACACGGCUCCCUCCAUAGCGCAGCGCAGUCAGAGCACCUCUUCACGUUUCUCCUUACCUCCCCGGGCAAUGAGCCCCUACACCGGAGCGACCGGUCCCAGCCAUCCAUAUGCGAUGUAUCCGCAGGUCGGAGUCAGCCGGUCGCCCAGCAUCACUACCAUCUCUACCGUUCGACCAUUGGAGCAACCGCUGGGAGAUACAAACGCGCCGCAACACCCGUACGCCAUGUAUCCGCAGAACGUCGUGGUGGAGGAGGGGAUGGACGCGCCAAUGGACAAUUCCAUCAUCCCGCUCGGUUUUCCCGGACAUGAACAGACCUAUCAACGACCCAUUGGCCGUGCCGAUGACGACGUCGGGGAUCUUGUGGGACCGGACGGUCAUACCGAACAGCUUCCACCCUAUUCGCGAUAUCCCGACGGGGUGGUGCCCAAAGAGGAAGAUGAAAACCUUGAGUCUGGACUCGGUGCUGGCAUCGCAACAGAUGAGGUAGCCCCUCGCGUAUCCCAGGAACAUCCGGUAUCGGAAGUGUCUUCAGGGACGCUGGUUGCAGGACCUGAAGGAACUGCAAGAACCGCACCUAACGCUCCCCCUCCGCCAGCACCAGUGGAACCGCCGGUAACAGGAGUGAUGGCGUUUGAAGAGAAACUGAAGAGGAAAGGAAAGAAAAAGGCGUGCUGCGGGCUGCCAGUUUGGACACUGGUUCUUGUCGGCGUUGUGAUCUUCGUGGUGGCCUGUAUCGCAGGCGUCAUUGGGGGUGUUCUCGGUGCAAAGAAGGCGGCAAGCGAUGAGAGUGCGAAAGACAAGGGCCCACACAUUGUGACUGUGACUGCGACACCCCGAGGAGACGCAACGCCUAUAACGUCCCUGCCGACGGGUCUGCCCCCCGUGCCGACUGGCGAGUUCGUCAUCCCCGCGGGCCCUAAAAACCAGUCGAAAUUCUGCGUGGCUGAGCUGGAUUACACCUCAUCCUGGAGCUGCUUAUCUCACGGGAAAAUCCCCAUUGCCGUGCAUGGAAAGGGCGAUUACCGCAAUAUCACCUUUGAACAAGCACCCAUCAACUCGGACUUCAGCUAUGGCGCCCAGGCGCCGAUUCUACAUGCGACCCAGGAACUGAGCCCGGCCUACGACUCGAACGACAUGAAUCUCGGUCCUGCCCUUACCUUCUUUACCCUGUUUGACAAGCUGGUUAUCUUGCCCCAGGAUACUCUGUCGUCGAGUGCGGCUUCGAAGCGAUCAGUGAGCGAGAGCGAGAUUAUGGUCAAUGCUUUCCACCGCAAACAGACCGUGGAGGCUGGCGACCGACCAUGGUUUUGUUGGUGGAACGGCACCGUGAUUGAAUUCUUCCUGUACAUGAAUCAGACUACCAAGGAUGCCCGCUACAAGUACCGCACCACCACGACAUCGCCUCCAGGAACCAUUGGAACCCCCGUGUCGCACCACAAGAAGCGAGGCACCAUUUCUCAAGACUCUCUGUUCGAUUACCCCCGUCGGAUCAAGGUGGAAGAGAAACGGAAUCACCCUGGAUCUCCGGCGCCCUACUGCCAGCAGAUGCAGGUGCUGGACAAUGGUUCGAUCGCAUCGGCGUCGCCCGAGACGAUUCAGAUCAAAGAAGUGGAACCCACCCCGACAACCACCUUCAAAGGGUUUGGCAGUGCAACGCAGACCUAUACUGCGAAGGCACAGUACGAGAGCGUGUGCUACUGCGCGUCUCUGACCGAUUAG